CACUAUGGACGCUUUGGUCAUAAUUUAUUUUGGUGUUUCGUUCGCGUCAACCAUAAAAAUCGGUUAGUCCGUUUAUAAAGAAGUAUCAAUAACAUCAGUAUUCGUGAUGGGCCAUUAAACAUGGCGUUUCUCUGUCAAGUUAACCCGGAAAUAAAGUUCACAUGACAGUUGGCAAGCAGUAAUAUUUAUUUAGUAUUUUGCUAUUGUAUAGUAUAGACUUAGAACUAGGCCGAUUGGCCCAUACUCAUAGACUGAUAUCGUCGAUAUGAAAUCGUCAAUUAAAUUUAUGCAUAUAUUAUACUGACAGUCUAUGGACCUACUUUCUAAGACUAUACAGUAACUAAGCAGUGUCAAUCGUAAAAAAUGUGGAUUGGCUUGGUGAGUGAGUGAACUUAUCUAAAAUACUAAACUAAGUAAGACUAAAGUAAAGUAAAGAGUAAAGUAAACACAAGACCAAGUUGACAUAACCAUUUAUCAUCCAUGAUUACCAUUAUUAAUCACACUCCAUUCAUUAAUUUUUUAAAUUGAACAAUUCACAUUAUUUAUAAAGCAUUAUUCCAAACAAAAAAGUAGGGAGGGGGGGGGUGUUGUUAAGAAUAUGUGACAAAAUCACAUUUACAAUGUACUCCAUUCAUUAAUUUUUUAAAUUGAACAAUUCACAUUAUUUAUAAAGCAUUAUUCCAAACAAAAAAGUGGGGAGGGGGGGGGGGUUGUUACGAAUAUGUGACAAAAUCACAUUUACAAUGUAUUGUAUGUCAACAAUGGGGAGUGUCUAAAUUUUAUGACAAAAUAAUGCCAUCAUUUAUGGAUGCCUGGGGGGAGGGGGAUUAGAGAUGAGGACAUUUAUGAUUUGUACAGAAUACAGAAGAAAACCUACACAAAAGAUAAAGGGUCAUAUCUGACAUCAAAGGAUGCUUAAUUCACAAAGAAAUCCAUUCAUUUAAUAAGAUAAGAUUAUUUUAUUAAUACCCAAACAAAUGGAGAUGUUUUAUGAUUGCAUUGUACAUUUUCAGCACAUAAAUAUAACAUUUUGAACACAAGACAUUUAUAAUAAACUAUUUCACUAGUAAUUCAUCUAGGAAGAAAUUUUCUCAUAGCCAGGCUGCAAAAGUAGGCCUAAAUUUGUAUUUUUUAGUUUUCUGAUGUUGUCUUUGAAGUGAAGCAAUAGAGUUUGAGAUAUGAAUGAUCACAUCACUUUUAGCCUAUUUCGAACGAUAUUUUCUUUUUAAAUGCGAAAUGAGGACUCAAUACAUUUUUAAGAGAUUAACUUUGAUUAAGAAGAUUGCACACAAAAAAAAAAACAACAACAAAGUUUUGUAUUUCUAAUGGCUAGAAUAUUCAUAUAUUUUCUGAAUUGGAACCUAAUUUGUUACCAGUUACCAACAUGUUAGCAAAACUUUAAUAAUGAGAAAUAUAUUUUAGAACUUAAUGAACUUCAGAAACAAAAAUAAAUUGAUUUUGUAUGCUGGGACACUGAUAUAUGAAAUUCCUAAUGGAAACACUAAUACUUUAGAUAACAGAAAUAACUAUAAUUUUUUCGGCUUCUUUUAUUCUUUCAUACCAAAAUUUAUUUCGGUAGUGAUACAAGUACAAGAAAACAAGUCUAGUUGCACCUUCACCAUCAGUUUGUCAUAUAUUUUUCAUUUAUAAAAAUAAAAAUGUUUGUUUGCAUCCACACAGAAGAGAUUUAUAUGACUGUGUAUCAUGGAAGAUGAAUCAGGCUCUUCUGGCUACACCCUUGGCACUGAGCUAGAAGAUGAGGAUAGCAUACCUGGAGACAGCAAGGCAGACAUCGUAACCAUUAUGGGGGAGGUGACAUCAGAUGUAUCCCAGCACACCAGUUCUGGUGAAGAAGAGAGGAUGCCAGUGUUUAAAUCUGAACCCUCUGAGAUGUGCAACAUGGAGAUGGAUCAGUUCACAACUGUUGAGGAAGUGGAGAUGGACUCCAUGAUGAAGACAGAGGUAGUUGAGGAGGAGUGUGAGAAUUUUGAAGACGGUGACACAGAUUCUGGUCAACAUAUUGCCCCACAACAGUUUAUUAUUCUCACUCGAACAACUGAUGAAAAUUCAGGUGAGAUCUACGUAAAAAAGCUAACUAUAUUUUUCUAGGCUUGCAGUUGCUGAUUAUCACUAAUAAAAUGAAACUGUUUUUUUAAAAAACAAACAGACAUAACUUACCGGAUGUAUGUAUUAGUUUUAGACAUAAUUGAAAAAAGAUACAAGUAAUAUAAUUUGAGAAUUGUAUGUAUUCAAACUAUUUUUACAGAAUCAUUGGAAGGUGUUCCAGCAAAGUAUAUUCGAAUUGAUGGGGCUGAUGGUCAAACCUAUGUAUUAGCACUUUCAGGUAUGUGCUGCUGACAUUGUGCAGAUCAAUAGCUGUUUUUUGGGGUGUGUUUUAUUACAGAUAGAUGUCAUUCUGAUGAUGUCAUCAUAGGAAUAAGCAUGUUCAAUUUGUUUCAGAUGAUGUAAGUGGAGUAAUCUCAACUGAGCAAACAAAGAUUUUACCUAGUCAACAACUUUUACCAGCAAAGGUAAUGGAUGAUUAAAACAUUGAUAAAAUCAUUGCUAGUGGUAGUGUUGGUUUCUAUUUUUAGGAGUCUGGUCUCCAAACUUAGCAUCUUUUAUAUCACACUUUAAAGACUAUCUAAGAUUGUCACAUUACUAACACAGUUUAAUAUGCUACAUUAAUGAACUAGCACAGGAUAUAGGAACGAAAAGUCAAAAACAAUAUCACCACAAUAUGUUACUUUUUACACGUAAGAUUGUUAAAUAUUACAUUUUUGAUGUUGUCUCUAAAUAAAACUUUCUUUUGUUAGCAUCCCAAAAUUGGGAGGAAUAGACCAGCAGGGCCCUCUGCAAAUGUAGCAUCCCCUUCCACAACCACACCUAGGGUCAAAGCUACACAUAAUGCUAACUCUGAUGGCAUCAAUCAGGCUUGGUUCACAACUAGGGAUGAUAAGAAUGCUCUCCACAGUGAAGGUUUGUGCAUUUUUGCUAUUUAUGUAUUUUCAGUGUUUAACAGGAAUAUUUGCUAAAUGUUAUUUUAGUGCCAAAAAGGAGUAUCAACAUAAAGAAGUUUAUUUACUAUGAUACUAGAAGAUAUUAUCUGGUGUUACUUGGUUAAUAAUGGAAGGGAUUAUGCACUACUUUCUACAUUCUAAAGGCUAAACAUUUGAAAACCUAAUUUUUAAAUAUGUAACUGAAUUAGGUUUUGAUGUGUUGAAACUUUAAAGAAAAAAUUACAAUUUUUCCACAUCCUUGAAAUUAUUACUAAGGAAAUAAUAAAGCAAAAAAAUCCUUAUUUUUAAAUAAAUUUCUAUGUAUAGAUAUUUAAGUUGCUGAAAUCAUUGGGUUUCAGAAAUUUUUAUCUUCUUUACAGUAGUGGCCUACCCAAUACAUUUUGAUGCCAACUAUAAAGAAAAAACAUAUUUUUAAAAACAUCUAUUUUCUUCAACAUGUGUUACAUUAACAUAUUUGAUAUAGUGAUAUCUUCAUUAACCUUUUACCCAACCUUUGCCUUACUUUUGUAAAACACAGAAUUCUUAUAUCUAAAAAAGAAUCUCUGAGCCAAUGAAGAAUAUAGUUAUUUAUUUAACUUAAAAUCUUUGUUAAAUUCAAAUUGUAACAUAAUCAGGUUUGGAUUAUGACAUCCACUGACCCUUUAGAGACCUCUGCAGGACAAAUCUUGCACCUACUUUUUAACCCACUUCCUGAUUUCCAAUUAAGCUGAAACUUUGUACAAUUUGACUCAAAAGUACGUGGUACAAAAUAAAACAAUAUAAAAAUUAUUUAAAAAAAAAACCCAAACAAAAAUUUACUAAUAAGAAUAAAAUACUUGCCCCCCAAAACUUCAGAGUGUUGUUACAGUCUUAUGACUAAAAAAGCAUGGGGCGCCCGUGAACUCAAUAAUCUUUGUUUCAGCUCAGUAGGCAAUUAUAUUUAUUUAAAAAUAUAGGAAAGAACACAAUCAAGUUGGUCAUUUUCAGUGGUACCCGAAGACUAAAACUAUAAUGCAAAAAAUAUGUAUGAAAGAAUGUUAAAUCUCAUCUUUUAUAAUACCAUAACUCUCACAGUCAUAUAAAAUACUAAUAACGAAUAUUAAAUUUAUGUCUCAAAAUCUUUUAUGUUUUGUAUCUACUGUAAAUGUUUUGGAUUUUGGGUUAUUUUAUCAUGAAAAAAAAAAAGGAAUAAUUGUGACAAUUUUCCACAUCCUUGAAAUGUGUAUUUAAGAAAUAGUAACUCAGACUUUCCCUUUUAUAAAGAAGUGUAUGCAUAGAUGUUUUCAUUUAUGACAUAAUUGGGAUUUGAGAAAUGUUAAGUACCUACAUAUAAUAACAUAAAUCUCUGAACUACAAACAACAUAAUUUUAUGUUGAAUUUAUUGAUAAUUUAUGAUAAUAAUAUUUACAUAUUAAAGGUUGCAUAUGCCUGCAUAUUAGUAGAUACAUUUUUUUCAUAUUUAAAAAUUAUUCCUAUAAAAUACUACAAAAUCACUAUAACUAUCAUUUCUUUUUAAGAUCGGAGUGUAUUUAAAUUUCUUUGAUUUACGUACCAUGAUAAAAAAUCACUAUUGCAUACACACUGGCUUCUUCUUAUAAAUAUGUUUUUGAUAAAUUAUACGUUAAAAAAAUUAUCUGCAGGUCACAAAUGGAAACAAGGCCAGUGGACUAAGGAAGAAAUUGAAAUAUUAGAGUCUAACAUCAACGAUUAUUGUAAGGUCAGCUUUAAGGAGUAGCAUAAGGAGUAGUAUAGAUGUGUAUGAGAUAUUCUGUAGGAAAAGUCCUACAUUUAAAUGCCAUUUUUAUACACAAUAAAAUUGUUUGAUUUAUCAAAUUCUAGGAACACAACAUCAAAGACCCGGCUGAAGUUAUUUUUGAAAUGUCUAAAGAUGAAAGGAAAGAUUUCUACAGGACAGUUGCCCUUGGUAUCCAGAGACCUCUUUUUUCUGUGUAUCGCAGAGUGACAAGGAUGUACGAUCAAAAGAACCACAGGGGAAAGUACACACCAAGUGAAAUGAAGGAUUUGAGAGUGUGAGUUUUAAAAAAUUUAUGAGAAUUAUUGUUAAAAAAAAUUGAUUCAGUGCUUCUUACUGACAAGAAUUUUUAUGUUGCUAGGUAUGAUCAUUAUUUUAACUUUAUUUAUUAAUGCCAUGUUAAAAAACUUAUUAUUAAUUAAAAUAUGUAAUUGACAGUGUAGUGUGACUAAAGUUUUAAAAAAAUGAGCUCGCAAAAGUGACUGUCACAUUUUUGUUUGUCAUAGCAAAAGUUUGUAAUUUGUAAAAGAGUGUGAUCUUACACAUUAUUUUAUGUCCUUAUAUCAUUACCUGUACCAGCCUUGCUUGUCUUUUUUAAAAAUUGGUGUCAUUAUUCAAUAUUUGGAAAGCAAAUAGACUGAUGCGAUUGUUGUGAACUAGAUUGUUGUGAAUGUUGGGUAGGGGGAGUUGUGAAUUAUGAGAGUGUUUUGUGAGUUGUUGAUUGUGAGGUCAGAGCGUGAAGUUAGUCCGUGGUGUGGAACGUUAGUGUAGGCUGAGUGUUUGUGUGGUAAUAUUAAAGGGAUGUGUGUUAGCUAGAGGUCAGAAGAAAGGUAGAAGAGUAAGAGAAGAAUGUUAGUCAUCAAAAGUUGUCAGUCAAGAGUUAGUCGAGUAGUUGUGCUAGGAGAGUGGAUAGUUGAUAGUUGGACUGAUGUGUGUUCCACGCACCAUAGUAUAUUGAAUAGCAGUAUCCUGUUUUGUAAAGUAUGCAAUAAAUUAUUAUAUUGUUACACUGGAACUUGUGUUUUAUGUGAGAGAGAGAUUCAUACACCCUAGAUAACGUAAGAAGGCCGAGCCAUUUGAUGAAGGUCUCAAGUUAGUAAAGUAAAGUCGUAACAGCGAUUUUUGAAAACUACUUCUGCUAUCAAAUCAUAGUGUGUAAUAAAUUUUAGUUUAGAUGAUGUCAACCUACUCUCUUUCAGUAUUGGUAUUAAUUUUCCAACUCACCAUGCAAAAUCAUUUUCAAGAGCUUAUUUUUCAGUACAAUGUGUUAUGUUUCAUUAGACUGAGGGCAAAACAUGGCAAUGAUUGGGCAGCCAUUGGUGUGGCUUUGGGACGUAGUGCUUCCUCUGUUAAAGACAAAUGUAGACUUAUGAAAGAUAACUGCAACUCUGGUAAAUAUUAUUUGUUAUGGUAUUAUGUGGUAAAUAUUAUUUGUUAUGGUAUUGUGAACUAGUUCAUUUCAAUAGCCAUUAAUGAAAGACAUCAUAUUUUACAAUGGUGUUAUGGUGGUGGAAAUUUUAAAAAGAAGUUCUGGCAAAUGUUUUCCCACAUUUUUUAUUAUAGGCAAGUGGUAUCCAGAAGAGGAAGAGAGACUUGCUGCUGCUGUUUACAAGCUAACAGGACUUAAACCAAGUAAGUUAACAUUUUCAGUCCCGUUGGGGCUAAGGCUAAGCUUGCCGUAAACAACAUGCCAUUUUCAACAAUGUUUCAACAGUGCCUAGUGAAUUUAACCCUUCUUGUUAAGGAGUUUCAAAGAGCCUAUUUAUAAAUGGAAAGUGUUAAAAGCAUUUUUUUGUGUGGAGGUUUGUUGGCUGUGCUCUUGAUUUUACACUCUUUUUAAAUUUUUAAAAUAGUGAUUUGUCCAUAGUAAAUCUUCCCUUAGAAAAUGGCAUUAGCGUUUAUAGAAUUGCUUCAAGCUGCAAGUUACGUCAUCUGUUAGUGUUGACAGUGAUUAGUUUGAUGCAGAAAUAGUGUCGACCGUGAUGAUUUUGAAGCAGAAGGAUAAUGGACAUGAACGUGAUGUUGAUAUUGAAUUAGCUCAGAUGGGGGUGAUGUUGAAGAGUUUGCAAUGCAGAUUAACAUGUAUGCAUGCUCUUCCAAUCCACCCAAAACAUGGGUUGAAGCAACAGUGAAUGGCAUGAAAUUAUUAAUUUUUUUUACACAAAUGGGAUGUUUGGAAUUCACCUGCCAAUAUAAACACUAUUGGUCAAGUAAUGAGCUGUUACUGUUAGGUGUUUCCACAGUAGCUAAUGGGAUAAGUAGAGCUAGAUUUAAACUCUUAUCUAGAUUUUUUCAUUUGAGUGAUAAUAGUAAAAUUAUUCCAAAGAGUACUGAAGGAUAUGAUCCUACUUUCAAGGUUAGGCUUUGAUCUUUUUGGAAAUGGUGGUGUUAAAAAUUUUUGUCCUGGAAAAAAAUUUCCUUUGAUAAGGCCACGAUAACCUUUACAGGAGGAUUACAUUUAAACAGUACAUCUUAACAAACCUUACCCAAUGGGAAUUAAAAUUUGUCGUGCAGCAGAUAGCAAAACCGGUUAUUUUUGUGGCUUUGAAAUUUACAUAGGCAAAUCAGACAGGCAAAAGGAAUACAGCCUUGGCUACCAUGUUGAGAGAUUGCUAAAUAAAUACCGUACCAUAAAAGAUGAUGCAAUAUUUUUUUUUAUCUAUGACAGCAUCUCAGGUGUACUUUUUUGCUGAUUUAUAUAUAUCUAUAUUUUCUUUUGCAGGCGAAAGUAUCACAUCAGGUUUAUCUUGGGCAAGUGUGGCCGAGCAUGUGGGCACAAGAUCAGAGAAGCAGUGCCGCACAAAAUGGUUGAACUAUCUCAACUGGAAACAACAAGGAGGGGCUGACUGGACCAGGGAGGAUGAUACUUUACUUAUUGACAAGUAAAAAAAAAUUUUGGCAGACAUUACUGUAAAGGACUUGGAUGGAUAUUGUGAUUGGGUGUUGUUUUGAGAGUAUUUGGGUAGAUAUGCUACUAAAUGUUUGGUAUUUUGUGACGUAUUGUGCGUAAGGGGAAAUAUGUGUUGUGGUGUCGUUUGUGGUGAUUGAGUAAUGGCAGUUGACAAUGUAGUUUGGCUAAUAAAGAUACUUUAUUCUAUGAGCAUUGGUUUGUGUAGUUAAUAUAAUAACUCCUAGACAAACGAAGCAAAUGAACCUUUGGUGAGAACUGGUUUGUAACAAUUACUGCACGUUAAGCUCUUGAUUUUGCCGUUUUUAAAUGCAGACUAGUUUCAUAAUUAUCCAGUCAUCCACAAUCAAUUAUUGUUUUAUUUGAAACCUCAGGUGUUUUAAAUUAUUUUUUAAAAAUCUGAUUUGCCGAAAAUUAAUGUGUACAAUCUAAUCAAAACAUUUAUUUGGAUGUAAAAAAUUUUUUUGAUCUUAUUGAAUGUAUUUUCCAAGAGUAUCUAAAAUGGAAGUAAACAGUGAUUCAGAAAUAGACUGGGUGGCACUAGCACAAGACUGGGCAAGGUAAGUUUACUUAACUUCAUUCGCCAUACUAGAGUCAAGUCAUCAAAAAAGAACUAUUUUUGUUUUGUUGUUGCUUCUUAAAAGUAUGAAGAUAAUUUCUUUCUAAAUUUUGUAGUUUAAUGAUGUGCUGCAACAGGAACUUGGUGGCAUAGUUUUGUGUGAUUACUUAGAUUGUUUCUUGUUGUACAUUCAGGACAUAUUUGACUCAUUUUCAGUGUCAGAUCACCCCAGUGGCUCCGUGGCAAAUGGUGGGCCUUGAAAAGGCACAUUGCAGAUUAUAAUAAACUAAGCUAUCCAGGUAGGUUUGAAUUUAUUUCAAAAUUGGUCUGAAGAAAAUAAUUUUUUUUUUCAUCAGUAUGGAAAGACUGAUCAAUUUGAGCAAAUGGUUGGCCAGUAUGCUUUUAAGCUACCUUAGCUUUUUUCUUCAAUGUUAAUAUUUUAUUAAUAUUGCAAAUUAGAAAAUGUCUCUAUUUUAUACAGAUAUCCAGACUAAUAUUUGUUACAAUGUUAAGAUAUUUGAAUAACAUGUGCAUACAAUCUUUACUGCCUUACCAAGGCCAUAGGUACAAAAUUUGUUGAUGUCAUAAGUAAGCAUUUAUAUUGUAGUAUGUGAAAUAGGCAUGUCAUAAAAACCUCUGUGAAAUGCAUUGUUGGGGAUUACUGUUUAUUACCCAGAGGUAGUUCAGGAGAGAGUUGUUGUUCAUUUAAGUAAUUAAAUGUAACAGCAAUUAUCAUAGUUUUAUUAUUUUUGUUGUUCUCAGCAUUACUUGAACAAAUGCACCAAGUGAUCUACUGGAACUUGAAACCAAAAGUUGGUGCUAGACAGUGUAAGAGUGAUGGAACUCUUGGUGCUGGCUCAUCAUCUGAUGUUUUUAAAGAAUGUAUCCCAGUGUCUUUAACAGGUAUCUUUAAGUUAUUACAUUACAGUGUCUAUUGUGGGAAUGUUCGCUUUUAGGAUGUUGCCACUUUUUUAAAAUAGCAUUGAGUCUCAUUGGAGUAAAUUAUUUAGUAAUAAUCAUGACUUGUUUCAGCUGGGGUGGACGGCACUGGAUCUUUAUCACUCUCCUACUGUUCAUCUGAUGAAGAAGGUUUUCAGGCUUUUGAAGUUCUACAGCAGUGGACGCCACAGGCUAUUGCCCAGGGGACUUCUGGUAGUGAUGGGGAGCAGGGCAUCAUAAAUACAGCUGGUGGCCACAUUAUAGUUCAAACAAUGGGAGUGAGUAACAGUUGUCCAAUGGUUUCUUUUACAUUUGGCUGCAUGUAGGAUGGCAAAGUCUCCAGCUCUUGGUGGUUGUAAGGGUUGAUCAAGUUGGGGUAAAGUUAAGAUCACUCUUGAAAGUCUUUUUCUUAAUUAAUUUUAACAUACCAAAUGUGCCAUCUGAAACUCAUUAUAUGGCUGGUUUUUCACUCAAAUAGUCAGGCAUAAUCAUUAAAUUUAAUUUGAGAUAUUUUAAUCUCAAAUGUAUGAGAGCAUACGAGCAUACAAGUGUCAAUCUGAAGGGCAAAAUAAUCAUCAUGGCUUAAAAAUUGUGCAAUAAAUUUAUUUGUGUUAUUUAUAUAUAAUAUACAUGAUUUGUUGUAAAAUUGAAUUAUAUUUUAUCAGUGGUAGAAUACGUAACAAUUCUUAAAAAUUUCAUGAACUUGCUAUGUUUUGUGGCAUGGGCUGCGUUAUUGAGAUUUUAAUAUUACUUUGUCAUCUGAAUGACCAAUAAUGUUUUUUUUUAAAAAUAUACCCAAUCUAACCAAAACCUGUUUCAUCAGCCAUCACUUAGUGACACUGUUCAGUUGAGCGGUCAUCAACAGGUCAUCAUCAGUACAACAGGCGUAACAUCUGAAGAAGAAGGGGGUGAGGAGAUGACAAUACACGUAUCAGAUGAACUUGCGCAAACAGAUCCAGGUAGGUAGUGGGCUGGCCAUGAUAUCAAGUCUUAAUUUCUCCUUAAGUUGCUGUUUACUGUGGUUUAAAUCCCCUCAAUAUAAAAUUAACAUUCUAUUUUUCCAAGGAAGGGUGUACUUUUCAAUCAUGUCCAAUAAUUGAGGAAAUGGUACAUUUAUGAACUGUCAUGACAUCUGGUUUGGCUCUAAACGUUAUCUGGUUUGGUGUGAUAGUGGAUGCAUUCACUUGUCUUUUAAAUUAUAACUUUUGUCCUCAGAUCUCAGCGGUGAUAACCUCCAUGACACAAGUAUUACAUCUUUUGCAUCUAAUGGAGAGGAGAUUAUAACAGUUUCUCAGUUCCACAGCCAGGUAUAAAUUUUAAAUUUCAUUUUAUAAAUGUGAUUUCAAUAUAUUAUAUUAUAGAGGCAUCUGGCACUCAAAAUUUCCUCAUAUUAUUUAAAAUUAUUCUUGUUAGUAAAUUUGCUGCCAGUUUUUAAUAAUAUAAAUUAUUAGUGCCACAGCUCAGAAAUACACAUUAAUGAAAAAUUUCAAUCAGUUAUAAGAAUGAAAGCAAUAUGAUAGACAAGAUAAAUUUUAAUGGCAUACAUUUAAAAAAUCUUUUAAGAUCAAUCAUUUAGUUCUAAGAAAUAUUUUUUAAAAAAAGUACCAGUCAACUCUAUUAAUGAAAUUAAAAUUGCAGUCCGAGUCUACAGAUCAAGACAUAAUGAAUCAUGGCGUUUUUGAAACCGUAACGUCAGAGUCAAGUAGUGACCUGGUCAUGGGAGUUAGCUCAUCUCAUCAUACGAGUAGCCCAAUGACAAGCCUUAAAGGUAGUACAUUUAUGGCACAGUUUAAAAUAUUUUACCAUUCCAUGCAACACUGACUCGUUUUAUAAGGCAUACUCUACUCCCAGAUCCGUUAUUUGGAAAAGCUAAAAUCCUCUUCCAGUUUCAUGAGUAAUAACAAAUGUGAUUUUUAAAUAAACAGUCGUCCGUCACCUUAUCGCGGUCUCACUGCAUCGCUGAUUGUUUUACCUGUAUCUAAUAUAGAUAUCCAUAUAGAAUUUUAUAUAUUGUUAAAAAGUGUUAAAUUGCAACAUCAUCAUCAUGUCCCUUAGUCCUGGGACAGUUGGGGCGCCACAGAUGACAUGAAAACUAUCCUUUUCCAUUCCUCUCUGUUUUCUGCAAUUCGCACAGCAUCGCCUAGUUUUAGUCCCGUCCUCUCUUUGAUGUUAUCUUCCCAUCUUUUUCUCUAUCUUCCUCUUCUUCUCCCUCCUCUUGGUGUGCCCUGCAUGAUUUCUUUGGCGAGCCCUUGUUUUCUUUUCGCGUGGCCAUACCAUUCCAGUUUGUGCUUUUUUACAGUCUCCAGUUUCUACAAAUAGUUCUUCAAGUGAAGGAUGUUUAGUAUAUGUUAUGUUCCUAGCUUUCUUGAUUAGUCGGUUUAUGCGGUGUUUAAUAUCAGACGUUGAAUUCUCACACCAGCAGGUUAUACUGAAAUUAAGUGGGCUUCCAAUUGUUGCACUGUAGAAUAAGUUAACGACUUGUUUGUUUACGCCGAAAUUGUACAGUUUUUUGAGGUAGAACUCUGUGGGAAGGGUUUAUAAAGCCUUAAAAAUAUUUAUAAGUUUAAUUCAAGGUCCCUACUUCGUGGAUUCUGGCCUAUCACAGGGCUUGUGGACCCUAACCUCUGCAAUAGAGGAGGGACCACUGUAUUUUAGUUCAUUCUUUCUGUGGUUCCUUUCAUAUUAAUUCAUUUUUGCUGUAAUUUCACUCAUGUCAGUUUUGUGCUUACUUGCAGACCCUAUACUCAUGUCCUCCUCUGAUGUUGAGUGUGAUAAAAGUCAGAGUGCUGUGCUAACUGAUGAGUCAUCAGAGUUGAUAGACUAAUUGGAGCCAUCACAAUUGUGGUCUAGGAGAUCAUGUUGACAACAUAGCUUUACAUUCAAAAAUUGUUUAAUUUCACACACCAAUGAUGGUUAUACUUAUACUAUUUAGAUUUGUCAUUAAUUUUAAAAAAUAUAAAAAUUCUUUGAGUAUUUUCAGAGGAUGAAAUGUAUUUUUUGUAAAGUUAUUAUUCUUUGUAAAUUUGUUACAUUAGUAUUGCUUGUUUGAUCAUGAUAAAACUACUCUCAACUAUCCAUGACCAUUAGACGCUAGCAUUUCGUCCCAAGAUGUUAACAAGAUGCAGUAUUUCCUCUUUCUUCUUUAUACAGUUGUGUAAUUAUUACUGUCUGCUUGGAACAAUGACAAAGCGGUUUCACCUUUUGUUUAUAGUUUGUUGACUUUUGUUUGUAAAUAGCUGUGCAUGCUAAUGUUUAAAUAAAUUAUUUAAGAUAACCUUUGACUAUCAAAAAAACUUCUGAUAUUUAAGUUAUUUAGAUUGUUUUGUCGAUAAAAUGAUGUUUACAAUGUGUUUUUCAAUAUUUGUAACCAAUUAUAAUGAAAUUUGACUUUUUUUUUAAUAGUAUUUUGUAAAAAUAUUGUACAUAUAAUUUGUUGUUAUAGUGUUAUAGACACAAAAAACAUUGGCAGAGUUAAUAAAUACUGAUGUUUUAACUGUGAUCAAAGGUUCAGUUGAUGAAUUUUUGUCAAUUUGUUUGUGCAAAUUUUAUUUUUGCAAAUGCAUUUUAUUUAAUAUUUUUAUAACAAAAAAUACUG